CUUACUUAAGAGUGUGUUUUGUACGAAGGAAAAUAUUGCGAAAAAAUUUAUCUCAAAAGCAUUUAUAUGUGAUCUAAUAAAACGUUUUAAGGGUGGGAUGAAAUGGGGAGUGGGGAUUCUGUGGUGACAACGGUGAAAUGAUCAAGGGGUAGGAUUUCGGGCGUUGGGUGAGUGAAAGGAGACAUGAAUGAACAUGAAACGUUACUUACCAAACUUGAUUUUCCUAGUUUCAUUAGAAAAGAUAGAAAAAUAUUUUUUAAAAUAUUUUGAUCAAUGAAACUUGAACAAAACUGAAAACAUUUUCUAGAAAAUACUUUCUUUCAUAUCAAAUCCACCCUUCCAAUCCCGAAACAAAAUACACUAUUGUUUCAUCCCUCAAUUGAUUAUGGUAUUUGAUUAGUUUAAGGAACAAUUUUGUACUAACAUCAAGUGGAAUAUCUCUAACUCAUAAAAUAACCUUGUCUAUCCUGUCCGAUAACUCACACAUGUCAACAGCUACACAACUGAAUGCGUCCAAUUUAUUGCCGAAAAUAGAAAGAUAAUGCCUACCCGCCUAUAGUAUAGGUAAUCCUUUAAUCCGCCAUCAAUUUCAUUUUAUCUGACAGUAUUCUUCUCGUUUAUUUUUAGUUGUCCAGUAUUGACUUGACACGUCACUCAAGAAAUAACACAUCUCUCGAGAAAUGAUAAAUAGAAUAACAAGUUUACUAUAUCAAGGGAAAACGCAUUAGAAAUGAUUGUAGUUAAUGAUAAGAAUAAAUUAGGAACUAGUGAUAAGUUAUCGCUCAAUUUCUCAAACUAGAAAAGUAAAAAUGAACAUCUAUUUACCAACGGUGUGACCUAGUGGUCGAGAAGUGAUUGAGAACCUGAGGUUUGAGGUAAAAAAAACACUAGGUGAUUCCUCCCAUCUGUUUAAACCUUGGUUGACAAAGUAUUUGAUACUUGUUUCCAAUGGGAGGUGACAGGUAUCACGUGGAUUUAGUCGAGGUAUGCAAACAAUGGCCCGGACACCACGAUUAUAAAAUCAUUUACAUAUCUAAUUUUAGUAAAGUGAACGAGUAAAAGUGAAUGGGAAAUAUAAAAUACUUCCAACCUCCUCAGCUUUCACAACACCUAGAGAAAAGCAAGCUGAGUUUCUCCUUGUUGAAUUCCAAAAUGAAGACUCUGAUGAUAUAUCUAGUGAUGCUACUGAUUUCAACACUGAAAACAAGCAACAACAACAACAACAAUCUAGUAGAAACUACAUGCAAGAACACACCAAACUACAACCUCUGCAUAAAAACUUUGCUCUCCGACGAGCGCAGCACCAGCAGUGACAUAACGACGCUGGCGCUGAUCGUGGUGGGCGCCAUCAAAGUGAAGGCAAAUCAGGCAUUGGAAAUCAUCUCAACCCUCCGUAGUUCGAGUCCUCCAGAAGCAUGGGGAAUUCCUUUAAAGGAGUGUGCUUUUUCAUAUGAGGAUUUGACUGUAAGUUUGCCCGAAGCAAUUGAAGCCUUGACUAAAGGGAACCCAAAAUUUGCUGAAGAUGGUAUGGUUGGAUGUUUUGGAGUGUCUCAGGAUUGUGUGGAGAAUUUCAAAAGAAGUAUUUCACCUCUUACUGGUUUGAACACUGCAGUACAUGAGCUUUCUGGUGUGGGCAGAGCAAUUAUUAGAAAUUUAUUAUGAUGUAAUAUUCAUUAGGAGGUCACAAGUUCAAGCCGCAAGGUAAGACAGCGUACAGCAAACCCUUGUGGACCGUCCCUACCCCGUAUCUUGCACAUAGUGGGAGCUUUAGUGCACUAGGAUGCCCUUUUAUUAUGAUGUGAUUUUCGUUUACACUUCUUUGUUUUCAUGUAUGUUAGGAUUAUUAAUCGAAGCUCUUAUAUCCGUAGCUCAUGAAUAAAUCAAUCGUCGGCCGAAUAGCCGGAAUAGAACGCAGGAAUGAUUCAAUCUUCCAUCAUUUUAGGGCUCAUGACUCCUUUUCUACCUUCCUUGGGAAUUAGAGCAAACUAAAUUAAAGAAAGAUGAAGGGGAGCCUUGGAGUAACUGGUAAAGUUGCUGUCAUGUGACUAGAAGGUCACGGGUUAAGCCUUGGAAACAGCCUCUGGCAUAAAUGCAAGGUAAGGCUGCGUACAAUACACCCUUGUGGUGAGGCCCUUCCCUGGACACCGUGCAUAGCGGUAGCUUUAGUGCACCGAGCUGCCUUUUUUAAAAUUAAAGAAAGAUAAGCAACCUUUCUUCAGAGAAGUGUCACCAAUUUCAAAUUUUCCAGUUACAUUUAUUGUAUUUGGACUAGGAGAAGUAUUCCCUAAAGAUUUUCUUCUUUUAUUUGGAUGACCGAGAAAUUUGCUGGCGGCCAACCCUUGGGGACCUAUUACGGCCUUUAGAACUCGGGGAUAACAGGUAUCUCCAUCUACGCUUCUUCACUUAAAUACCAAGCUUAGUUCACAUGACUCAAUGCUCCAAUCUAAGUCACAUGCAGGAGCGGAACUCGAAGAUGAUAUACGGGUUCAGUGCUGUACUAGAAUUUAGAACCCCUAAAAUACAAAUCCGUCUCUGUAUCAGGUCCCAAGUCCCUCAAGACUUUGUAACUCGAACUAAGCCCUGGGCCAGUAUUUUCCUAAAGAUAUUUAAAUCAUGAAUACUGAUAAUAUUAAAGGUUAUUUACCAUUAACUUUUGGAUUUGGAGCAUGGUAGUGCAGCAAG